GGGCACAUUCACAUUGAAGGCACACCUAAUGAGAAUACAACGGGGGUGAGAAAACUGAGAGAAUUCAGUAUCCCCAGGUCGUUGAGUUGACUCGCCGUGCGACAGAACGGACGACGGAAAAGCAAAUAAACGUUCAGCAAGCUCAGCCAGUAAAGAGUCUGCUUCCUAAUUCCCGAGUUCUGGAAAUCCUAGUGUAAACUAUGGAUUCACUCAGUUAUAUCUUUUGCUCGUAGAUGUAACAAUGUCUGCUAAUAACAACAACCCUCAAAAGAAUAUUGGGGCUUCAUCCCCUUUCGGAAAUUCUUUGCCCGUGAAUCCAUCUGCGCAGCAACAACUGGGAUCUGGAUUUCCGGGACAGCUUCAGCUUUCUGAAGCUCAGAUGCAGGCCCUCGCCCAGGCUCAAUCAAAGGCUGAGGCUCAGGCUCAAGCUCACGCCCGAGCUCGAAUGUUUGCAGCCCAUGCACAAAUUCAAGCCCAGUGGCAAGCUGCUCAGGGCCUUCCAUUCAAUCAGGGUCAUUCUGGGGGCAUUGCGAAUUUGGGUUCACAAUCUCCCUCUGUUUCAGGUGCUGGAAGUGCCAGUGCCAAAAGGUUUCCACAAAAACCACCUGUACAUCCGCCAAGCUUCUCACCUUCCACCACAGCCUCUCCAUUGAGGACAAUGGACGCAUCAGCUGCUGCUCGGAGGAAAAAGCAGAAACUUCCUGAGAAACAGUUGCAGGAAAGAGUUGCAGCUAUUUUGCCUGAGUCUGCUCUCUAUACUCAGCUUCUUGAGUUCGAGUCUCGAGUGGAUGCUGCUUUGACAAGGAAGAAAAUUGAUAUCCAGGAGGCUCUAAAGACACCAACCUAUAUACAAAAAACGCUCCGCAUUUAUGUUUUUAACACUUUUGCGAAUCAGAUACGCACCAUUCCUAAGAAACCAAAUGCGGAGCCGCCUACAUGGACUCUUAGAAUUGUAGGGAGGAUCUUGGAGGAGGGAGUGGAUCCUGACCAGGCUGCCAUGAUGCAGAAUCCGAGCUCUUCAUAUCCAAAGUUCUCUUCAUUUUUCAAGAGAGUCACAAUCACUCUGGACCAGAAAUUAUAUCCUGAUAACCAUUUGAUUAUAUGGGAUAGUGCUAGAUCACCUGCUCCUCAUGAAGGCUUUGAGGUCAAAAGGAAAGGGGAACAAGAAUUUACUGCUAGCAUAAGAUUAGAAAUGAACUAUAUGCCUGAGAAAUAUAAGCUUUCUGCAGCUUUAACGGAGCUUUUAGGCAUUGAGGUUGAUACUCGACCAAGAAUCAUUGCGGCAGUAUGGCAUUAUGUCAAGGCUCGAAAGUUGCAGUGUCCAGAUGACCCAUCUUCUUUCAACUGUGAUCUACCGCUUCAAAAAGUAUUUGGGGAAGGCAAGAUCAAGUUCACAGCAGUUACACAAAAAAUUACACCCCACCUCUUUCCUCCUCAGCCCAUACAUUUAGAACACAGGAUCAAACUCUCAGGAAAUAGUCCUGUUGGAACUGCAUGCUAUGAUGUAUUAGUUGAUGUACCCUUCCCUAUACAGAGGGAAUUGAAUGCUUUGUUGGCCAAUACUGAAAAGACCAAAGAGAUUGAUGCCUGUGAUGAAGCAAUUUGUGCAGCAAUAAGAAAGAUCCACGAGCACCGGCGGAGAAGGGCAUUCUUUCUUGGAUUUAGUCAGUCACCCAUAGAGUUUAUCAAUGCCCUGAUAGAUUCUCAAAAUAAGGAUCUGAAGCUUGUUUCUGGGGAAGCAAGUCGCAAUGCAGAAAAAGAACGCCAUUCAGAUUUCUUCAACCAACCCUGGGUUGAAGAUGCUGUUAUUCGCUACCUUAACCGAAAGCUGCCCGGAGAUGCCCCUGGCAACACAUGAAUCGGCAGGAGUGGCACAACUUGUAAUGACUAGGAGGGUAAUUGUUUUGGCUUUAUUCUUCAUUGCCUGUGUACACAUGGUACGAGUGAUGCAAUUUGCCAUCACAAGCAUCAAAGGAAGAAAACAAUACAUCCUUGUAGAAGUGUGGAAUUGAAUUUCUUGCUGGUUCAGCAUGUUGUCAACUUCAUGUUCUUGGCUGGACAGAUAUGGCAAUGUAAAUUGAUUAUUGCGUAAGGCCCCAUUAACUGCUAUAGUUGUAGUGCUGCAAUGUUGUACUUAUACAUGGUAGAAUGUGUAAAAUCAGACUAGAUAGAAACAUUGCAAUUAUCGUCUCUAAAUGCUAAUCUUUUUUCAGUCGAGAUACUUUUUA